AUGAACCCCGCACUGGGUAACCAGACCGACGUGGCCGGCCUGUUCCUGGCAAACAGCAGCGAAGCGCUGGAGCGCGCGGUGCGCUGCUGCACCCAGGCCUCGGUGGUGACCGACGACGGCUUCGCCGAGGGCGGCCCCGACGAGCGCAGCCUGUACAUCAUGCGGGUGGUGCAGAUCGCGGUCAUGUGCGUGCUCUCGCUCACCGUGGUCUUCGGCAUCUUCUUCCUCGGCUGCAAUCUGCUCAUCAAGUCCGAAGGCAUGAUCAACUUCCUGGUGAAGGACCGCAGACCGUCCAAAGAGGUGGAGGCGGUGGUCGUGGGGCCCUACUGA